AUCCCUGUGGACUGUUGUAGAUUGUGCAAUCCUAAAAGCCCGCCCAGUUCAGUUUAAGUUGUUCUUGACUUCCUAAAAGUGAAAGUGGGUUAGACUUUUUCCAACUCUUCAAACUCAACAAGCAAACGUGUAACCAUCUAGUCAGAAUAAGAUUUGACAGCAAUUGAACUCUAAGGAAGCACACAGUCAGGAAGACCUCGAAGAACAAUGGGUCUCUUUAACAAUAUAAAGUUUUUUGUAUUGUGUCAUGGAAUGCUACAGCUCGCACAGCUACUGGUGUCUGGAUAUCUAAAGGGCUCCAUAACCACUAUUGAAAAAAGAUAUGGAUUUUCAAGUCAAAAAUCAGGACUGUUGGCAGCUUUCAAUGAGGUGGGGAAUACAGUUCUUAUCGUUUUUGUGAGUUUCUUUGGCAGUAGGGUUCAUCGGCCAAGAUGUAUUGGAAUUGGAGCACUGAUCGCAAGUGUGGGAGUGUUCCUAAUAGCAUUGCCUCACUUCAUUAGUACAAAGUAUGACUAUACAGGCUCCAAUGACAAUACCAAAGCGAAUAGGUCUGGCCUUUGCCAAUCAGAGAGCAAUUUCCAAAGGAAAAUGGAAGUGUCUAAUCAGAUAUGUAAUGAAGAAAAGACUAAUGCUCACCUAUGGGUGUAUCCAAUACUUCUAUUGGGCCAGUUACUUUUCGGGAUUGGCGGAGUCCCCAUACAACCUUUUGGGAUUUCCUACAUCGAUGAUUAUGCUAAAAAGAGGAAUUCACCCUUUUACUUAGGCAUACUCUUUGCAGUAACAGUAAUAGGGCCAGCAUUUGGCUACAUGAUGGCAUCUCUGCUGCUUAGUUACUAUGUUGACAUCGACAAGAUGUCUUUUGAUAAAAUAUAUUUGAAAAAAGAUGACCCCAGAUGGGUUGGAGCUUGGUGGUUGGGAUUCAUAGUGGCUGGCACCCUCCUCUUCCUGACAUCUUUGCCAUACCUGUUUUUCCCUAGAAAGAUGUUCAAAGAGGAAAUUGCAGAGGUCCCAGUGGAACAAUCAUCGGAGAAAAUGUUGGAGAAGACACCAAAAACUGAUGCAGAACCUGAAGUGUCUCUCAAUCAGUUCCUAAAAAGCUUCCCCAAAAUUGUAAUGAGAACUCUGCGGAACCCAAUUUACUUGUUGGUUGUGUUGGCUCAGGUGAAUCUUGCUGCCAUGGUGGCUGGACUGGCCACUUUUAUGGCCAAAUUCAUAGAGAGGCAGUUCACACAAACGGCCGCCUUCUCCACCAUGAUGAUAGGUGGUUUAAAUAUUCCCUCAGCCAUGCUGGGCAUUAUGGCUGGAGGGGUAAUCAUGCGCAGAUUGAGUCUGUCUGUAAGAUCCUCAGCUGCGAUGUGUACUUUAGCGGUUCUCAUAAGCAUAUUCUUCGCAAUUCCUCUUCUUUUCCUUGGCUGCCCAACACAAAGCAUCUCUGGCAUCAACUAUGCUGGAAAUGGAACUCAGCAAUGCACCAAUUCAUGUCACUGCUCCAAUGAGGCCUUCAAUCCUGUAUGUGGCUCAGAUGGAGUGGAGUUUCAAUCUCCCUGUCAUGCAGGAUGUAUUACAGAAAUAUACAGUAAAGGCAAAGUCUUGAACUACACAAAUUGUGACUGUGUGUCAUCAAGGGGCUCUCCGGGCUUUGCACUACCAGGAAAAUGCAGAAGUAGUUGUGCCAAUCAUCUCAUCCCCUUCAUGAUCCUCUCCUCUAUCACAUGCUUUGUGGCUUCACUCUCUCAUACUACAUCUUUCAUGAUGAUCCUCAGGACUGUUACACCAGAAGACAAGUCUUUUGCUUUGGGAAUCCAGUUCAUGCUGUUUAGAGUGCUUGCAUUCCUCCCAGCACCGGUGUUGUAUGGCAGAGCCAUUGAUUCCACCUGCAUUGAGUGGGGAAAGAAAUGUGGCAAGGACACAUCAUGUAGCUACUACAAUUUAGACCAUUUCAGACACAGAUUCCUGGGACUCCAGAUUUUCUUCAUAUUUGGUGGCUUUGUCUGUUUCCUGCUGUCUUUUCUGGUGCUUCGAAAGAUUAAUUCAACCAAGCAACUGAAUGAGCAGAUGAAGAGUCAGACCAAAAGUGAAAGCAUCCCAGAAAUGAAAGAUGCCAAACAGUCAUUCGGCAAUUCAGAUUGACACUGCUGUAUACAAAAAUGUCCUUAGAGAGUAAAGACAGAAUUAAGUAGGAGGAUGGGAAUGUCCAUUUUUAGGGUUGAAAUGAGUAAGGCAUAAGAAGGUCAUUCUGCUUUUCUUAAUAACAGCCUGACUAUGUGCAGCUACUUAACUAAACUUAAACAGUUUAAAACAAAACCAACAAAACCAAACUGUGAGUUUGCUAGUUUCAAUAAACAGCAUCAUCAGUAAGACAUAAUAAUGCAGGGAAUAUAUUUGUAUAUUCCCUGCAUUUUUGUUUGUAUAACACAACUUCUCCAGUAAGCCUUUCUCUUUACCUGUGAAUUUAUAUUGUUUGUUAAUCACACUGAGUGUGCUGGGAGUUAAUGUGAUACGUAGUUGUACUUAAUACUUUUCAUGUGCUCACAAUGCGAAAAAUUCAGAAGUCUUGCUUUAACUCUAUUGAGUUUAAACCAAGUAAGGGUAAGGAGACAAGUAUAUGGAUAUAGACUGAAUAUCUGUCAUUUUGCUGACCUUUUUUUCCCCAAUUAGUAUAAAUGGGAUGUUUUAUAACUGUGAUGAAUAAGCUGUUCAGUUUUUCUAGGCCUAUUCUUUAUUAAUAGGUGAAUGUAAACUUAUAGAGGCAUUCUUUUUGGUUUCAAUUUAUUUGAAAUAUUUUAGAUCUGUGUCCUUUGUGUGAAAGAUAUAUUCAUUUUGGUGCACCUGCCGCUUUUUUAUAUUUAAAUUGUAAUUUGUUACCAGAGCAUGUGAGCAGAGCUGUGUGACACUCUGCUCAAUUACCUGCUCCAUGCGCUUGCACUCUGCUCAAGUACCGCUCACUCUCACUGGUAAAAAAGGUUCCUUCAGUCCCGUUCUGAAAUGAAAUUUCUCCACUCAUAUACACGCAAAUUUGCGCUUGGACCUGAGUGACACAACCAACCCAGAAAAACACAAUCUUUUCAACUUUAAAGUUUGUUUGAGUUGUCUAUGGCAAUAAUGAAAACAUGGACUGAUACAAAACUGGGCCUGCAUCUAGCUGGCAGCUGCACUGACAUGAUUGCAAAACAACAACAUAACUUACCUAACUUAACUAUUCAUUUAAUAUUGAAUGGUAGUGUAUCCUACAAGUGCACCUUUUGCUGUACUAACAUGUUCGCGUAGCACACCCUCAUGCUUUCUGGCAAUGCAAUGUAUUUCAAAAGGAAUCUUUGCUAACUCUCACAGUCUCUCCACACUCCCUUUCGAUUUCCUCAUUCUUAAAUUUGAUUUAUACUUUACAUUUAUGUAGACCAUAAGGUUUUCAAGUUGACUAAAACAAUGUUUAAACUCCCUCAGGCCUAUUGCUUUUUUUGCAAGUUCCCUAACCAGCAUAUCACAAAGCGCAUUCUGUGUUGAGCGAGCGGCACCGAGCGGCCUGAGCGAGCGAAGCGAAAUCUUCUAAAAGGCGCUCUCAACUCUGCUAACAUGCUCUGAUGGAACAUGUAUGGAUAACCAGUCACAUUAUUGUAUGUUUGAUAUACCUUAAAUUUAUAAUCUACAGCAGUGACCUAUGUUUAAUCAACUAUGUUUUUUUGUAUCACUUUUGUAAGUGUUCUGCUACAGUAUAGUCUUGAUUGAAAAUACAAAUUUCAGUUCUUGUAAA